AUUUCUUACCAACCGGUGUAACAACAACGCAGGCUACCGAGAACCAGCGCGACACUGGCCCUUUAACGGGGAGCCAUUUCCCCGCCGAGUCCUUGGUUUGUCACCAUAGACGAUCUCUGAGAGCGUGUGUGCGCGCGUACGGAAGUGUAUGUAUGUGUGUGCGAGUGUGCGUGCGUGCGUGUGUGUGCGCGCAUGUGUGUGUGUGUGUGAUAUCGCAGACGUCACAGCCUGCCGUUGGUCCAGUCCGGCUCAGAUCAUCGCUGGUUCCUCCGGUUCGGCCCAACAGGACUAACUCCGGGCAGAAGGCAGUUGGACCGGGACCCCGCAGCGCGCGCUCCGGACUGGGACACUUUUUAUUUUUUUAAAUUUGUACUUAACCCCGAAAUAAGCGGCGCAAACAGCCGGGGCGGAGGGAGGGAGAGCCGCCGUUAACGUAACGCCCGUGACGUCGGUCCGCCCGGCUGCUGCUCCUCCCGCUCCGGGGCUCCACGACCACGCUGCCCGUCCGGGACGGAGCCUUUCACCGGCGAUCGACCCGCCCGACCCCGGGGGGGGGGAGUCUACGAGCCCCGCGAUGAUGGAGAAGAAGAGGUCGGACUGCCCCGCGCUGCCUCCCGGCUGGAAGAAAGAAGAAGUGAUCAGGAAGUCCGGGCUGAGCGCCGGAAAGAGCGACGUCUACUACUACAGUCCUUCGGGGAAGAAGUUCCGGAGUAAGCCUCAGUUGUCUCGUUACCUUGGAAACGAAGUGGAUCUGGGAUGCUUCGACUUCCGGACGGGGAAGAUAGCGCCCGGCAAACUGCAGAAGAACAAGCAGAGGCUACGACACGACCCGCUUGGCCUGGCCAAGGGAGGGAAACCGGACCUGAACACGGCGCUACCGAUCAGACAGACGGCAUCCAUCUUUAAACAGCCCGUCACCAUGGUGACCAGUCACCCCGGCAACAAAGUGAAGGCAGACCUGCAGAGAGCUAACGAGCAGCCCAGACAGCUGUUCUGGGAGAGGAGGUUGAAAGGCCUGCAGCCUUCAGACGUCACGGAGGAAGUCCUGCGGACCAUGGACCUGCCCAGAGGCCUGCAGGGCCUCGGUCCGGACUCCGGCGCCGACACGCUGCUGUCGGCCAUCGCCAGCGCCCUGCACAUGAGCUCCACGCCGAUCACGGGCCAGACGACGGCGGCGGCCGAGAAGAACCCGGCCAUCUGGCUCAACGCGUCGCAGCCGCUCUGCCGGGCCUUCACCGUCACCGACGAGCAGAUCCGGCAGCAGGAGCUGAAGGUGCACCAGGCCAGGAGGAGUCUUGAAGAAGCUCUGCUGGCUGACGGUUUGGCUCGAUCCGCCGAAAACAGCCGAGAGGAGACGGCCUGAAACAGAGUUCCUCUGUUCACCAACCUCAGGUUCAUCUUCCUCUUCCUCUUCCUCUUAAUCCAGACCGCACACACAGACAGAAGCUGCUCUGAUUGGUCGAUAGCUUCAAGCUUCCUGUUUCAGGAUCUGUUGUCAUCUGGAAAUCACCGGGCUUCGUUUCCAGAGCAACGGCAGCAGAAAACACAACAACAACAACAACAGCAACAUAGGAAGUUGACUUCUCAGAUUCAUGAACAUUUCUCUGAUGUGAAGCUGAUGAUGUCAUCGGAAGAACAACGACAGAGUCGCAGCUGCUGGACGGCUCGAAUGACUGAGGACUCUGAGGACUCUUAAUAACUCUUAAUAACUCUUAAUAACUCUUCUUCACGCUCUGGUGAGUUUUUGGGUUGUUUGUGGCGUCAAAGAUGUUUUUAAUGAAAUAAUGAGAAUCUACAUGAACAUGAAAUAGAACAAUUGCAUAUUUAAGACACAUUUUAUACCUUGAGAGAACGUAUGUGUACAUUUGUUGGACUAGAGUAAAUAAAUGAUUAUAUUCAG